AGCAAGAUGGCGGACGGCGAGCUGAGCGGGGCGAGUCUCGGCGGAGAGCCGGGGGGCCGGGGCGGCCCGGAGCCGGAACCUGAGCAGCUGGUCCGGAGUUGGCAGGAAGGAGUUGAUUUGUGUUCAGGGAUAUAUCAACAUCUGAAGGAGUAUGUGCCUCUAGUGCUUUGCUCGGGAUCAGAAGCCAAGCCAGCUGAGGAGAAUCUGGCUUAUCAAAAAUUACUGCAAACCUUGGAGUGGUAUCUGUUCGGAGAAACCCCAGCAGAUGGAUUUGCAAAGCUGGAACAAAGCAACAGUUCUUCACAGCUCUGUGGCCGAGUUUUCAAAGGGGGAGAGGCUACCUAUUCUUGCCGAGACUGUGCAAUAGAUCCCACUUGUGUACUAUGCGUGGACUGUUUCCAGAAUAGUGUUCACAAAAAUCAUCGGUACAAGAUGAAUUCUUCUUAUGGAGGGGGGUUUUGUGACUGUGGAGAUGUUGAAGCCUGGAAGACUGGACCUGCUUGUAAAAUGCAUGAACAUGGUGCAUCAGAGGACUCUGUGAAUUCUGCAAGCCAGUUACCUGUGGGUUUGGCUGAAAGAGCCCAGCAACUGUUCGCUAUUAUCUUCAGGUAUAUCAUAGAUAUGUUGAUCUGGACGGAAGAUAAAGAGCUACCUUUGGGACUCCAACCAAGGGAGAAGACAGAUUCCUAUUUCUGUGUGCUGUUUAAUGAUGAACAGCAUUCGUUUGAGCAUGUCAUCCAUUCACUCCAGAGGUCACUGGGCUGCUCACAGAGAGAAGCACAGAGUCACACCACCUUGAUAGAUAGAGAGGGUCGUAGAGCAGUAAAGCAUGGAACACUGCAGUCGUGUCAAGAAACGAAGUUAGACGUUAUUAACAUUACGAACAGCGUAUUCCAGUCACCUCUACGUGUUGAAAUUCUUCAUUCAAGUGUUGUAUCCCAUCAGAACUUUGCUUUACGUCUUCUCUCCUGGCUCAGUCAAGUUGUCAGCAACUCUGCUGGAUUACGUCAGAUUUUCUGUGAGGUGGUACUUAACCAAGAACCAGAAUCUGAUCAACCUUGCCUGAGCAGCAGAUUAAUGUUAGCUGAUGCCAAGCUCUGGAAAGGAGCACGCAAAGCCUUUCAUGAACUGAUAGUAUGCAGUUUGCUGAUGGAAACAGAAUACAAGAGACUCUUUGCUAUUGAAUUUAUCACUCACUACAAGCAACUUCAGCUCGAAUUUGUGGAAGAUGAUCAUGACCGCAAUGUAUCUGUAACUGCACAGUCUGUUCAAAUAUUCACUGUCCCAACAUUGGCUCGUCAUCUGAUUGAAGAACACGAUGCUCUAAAAAUCAUUAUUGAAACCAUAAUUGAGCUGUUUUCUGAGCAUAUGGAUAACGGAAAGCUUCAUUUUCAGAGUUACUCCCAAGACAAAUUGUCCAGGAAACAAAUGGUCUUGUAUGAUCUUAAGUAUGUUUUGAUCUGCAAGCCACCUCUGUGGACAGACAAGCUAAGAGCGCAUUUCUUUGAAGGUUUUAAAACAUUUUUGAAGCUAUUAAAAACCAUGCAAAAUAUGGAGCCAAUGAGCCGACAGAUUGGGCAGCACCUUGAGAUAGAACCUGAGUGGGAGCCAGCAUUUGCUAUCCAAGUGCUUCUGAAAUGUAUUCUGUCCAUGAUUCAGGAAUGGUGUGCAUCCGAUGAACAAGUUCUUCUUCAAGCUUACAAGGAAUGCCACCGUCUUUUAUCCCAAUGUACUAACGAGUGCAGUCAGCGGGAUGCAAGGAAGCAGCUCAACACGUUGAACAUGUGUGGUCACUCCAUCAGCUUGAAACGUUACUUGGUAUCUCGAGAACCUGUCAGCAUCCAUCUUCCCUUAUCCAGGCUCCUUGCAGGUUUGCACGUACAUCUAAGCAAGAGUGGAGCAAUUGACAAGUUAGAAGAAUAUGUACCCUCCUCAGAGUUUCAAGUUGAAAAAUUGAUGGACUACCCAUUGCGCUGCUUAGUGCUGAUGGCUCAGGUCUCAGCUGAUAUGUGGAGAAGAAAUGGAUUUUCUUUAGUAAAUCAGGCGUUUUGUUACCGAAAAGUAAAAUGGAGGGAAGAGAUGUUUGACAAAGACAUCAUCAUGUUGCAGAUCGCAGCUUCGAUGAUGGAUCCAAAUCGGUUCUUAAUGUUUCUAUUGAGCAGAUUUGAACUAUUUGAAGUCUUUUCUAAGUCUCCAGUUCCAAGAAAUAAGGAUGUAAUUCAGCAGACUAAUGUCCUAGUGGAGGAACUACUGCACCUUAUCAUUAUAGUGGUUGGGGAGCGGUAUGUUCCGGGAGUGGGCCAUGUGAAGAAAGAUGAUGUCACUUUGAGGGAGGUGAUCCAUUUACUUUGCAUUGAGCCAAUGCCUCACAGUGAACUAGCACAAUCAUUACCAGAGAAUGAAAGUAAUGAAACUGGUUUGGAAAAUGUUAUACAUCAGGUGGCCACUUUCAAAAAGCCAGGAUUGUCUGGACAUGGUGUAUAUGAAUUGAAACCAGAAUAUCUGAAACAUUUCAAUUUGUUCUUCUACCAUUACUACAAGUCACAACAGACAAAGGCUGAGGAUGAACAAAAGAAGAGGAAAAAACAAUCCAACAGCAAUGAAGCACUGCCUCCACCCCUCCCUCCUCCAUUCUAUUCCACGUUUGUGAAGGUCACAAGCAUUUUGAGCUGCGAUGUUUUAAUGUUAAUCCUCCGAACAGUUCUCCAGCGGGCUGUGGAUUCUACCGGGCGCUUGUGGAGUGAAGCAAUGGUACAGAAGACUCUUCAUCUUAUCUGCAUGGCAUUACAAGAAGAACAGAGACAACUGGAGGGUGGAGUUGCAGAAGAAGAUGUGAACUUUGAUGUUUAUCUUAAAGCAACAAGAGUAGGAAGUUCUGCAGUGAAUGCUGAGAGCAUCCUGUCACUUUUAGAAAAGCUAAGAAGUGUCCCUCAAUUAGAUGCCCAGAAGGAUAUGAUUAUCUGGACUCUGCAGAUGUUUGAAGCUGUGAAAAAGCUGAGGGAGAAAUCAAGUCCAUGUUCAGCAACAGAAGCAGCAAGUCAAAAGACAAAUGAGACUACACAGGACGAAGAUAAAGCUGAGCGUAAACGGAAAGCAGAGGCUGCCAAAUUAUAUCGGCAGAAGAUUAUGGCACAGAUGUCUGCGAUGCAGAAAAACUUCAUUGAAUCAAACAAGCACCUAUACGAGAAGGCGACAGAAGCACCAAAACAAGAGACAGUUAGGACUGAAGUAGAUAGUAUUACAAAUGCUGAGGAUCCUGGUGUGGCAUUGGGACCGAUGCAAGGUGCGACAGCAGCUGAGAAAAUAAUACUGAUCUGCAUUUUAUGUCAGGAAGAGCAGGAAGUGAAAACUGAUGAAAUGGCCAUGGUCCUAGCAGCUUGUGUCCAGAGAUCCACAGCGCUGUCAAAAAGAAGAUCUCGAACCAUAACAAACCUAGGAGAUGACUGUGACCCGCUAAUCAUGCACCCUGACCUAGGUUGCGGUACGCAUGUAGGAAGCUGUGGCCAUGUGAUGCAUGCCAGCUGCUGGCAGAAAUAUUUUGAAGCUGUGCAGAAUUCAACACGUAAUAGGCUCCACGCUGAACUACCAUUUGAUCUGGAGACUGGAGAGUUUCUCUGCCCAUUGUGCAAAGCUCUGUGUAACACUGUCUUGCCAGUUAUUCCACAGCAGGCUCACAAUUUGGACAGCAAAGACACAGAAACUGUAGCGCAGAUACUAACUUUAUCUCGCUGGUUACAGAAUGUGGUAACAAGGAUAAUUGGACUAAAUGCUUCAGACUCUAAAGGUCUGCAGCUGUUCUUUCCUGAAAUGACAAGCUCAGAAAAUGAAAGCAAGUUAAUGCAAGCGAGCGCCACUUCAUGGAAAGAUGCUGUAGAAUUUAGAUCUAUCCUCAGUUUUGGAGUACAGUCACCGAUCAAGUACUCAAAAAGUAUCGUUGAAAUGCUGCAGUUGUUCGCUACAGCCGUAUUCCGAGUAGGGUUGAAGGUUGCUCCCAACGAAGCUGAUUCUAGAGUUCCUUUGAUGGCAUGGAACGCUUGUGCCUUUACCAUUCAAUCCAUAGAGAAUAUUCUUAAUGAUGAGGACAAAGUUUUGUUCGGAUCACUACCAGACAGACAGGAUCUUAGCCUGAGAGCAGUUCUGCAGUUUGCUGCUUCUCAGAGAGUGGUGGCAUCACCCAAAGUUAUCCAGAAGCACUUGACCCGGUUAAUGUCAGUAUUUCUGCCUCAUCUGAAUGUUGAAGACACUUGGUCAAUCUUGGAUAUUGACUUUUUCCAUCUCUUGGUCAGCCUCGUUCUAGCAUUUCCUUCAUUGUACUGGGAGGAGACUGUGGAGCUACAACCCUCGGACAUCAGCUGUGCAUUUAACAACCUCUACCUCUUCCAUCUGGUUACCAUGGCACACAUUGUGCAGAUACUACUUACCUCUACAACAGAUUGUCCUAUGGAGCAGGAUGGAGAGGAGAGUGAGGAGUCUCAGUCAGCAGCAGAACUGUACGAAAUGCUUCGCGAAUACACAAGCAGAUCUUUAGAAUAUAAGCCCCAUGGCUGCUACCUGUGGAACUGUGUGAAAUGUGGCAUUUUUCCAUUCCUUCGCUGUUCUGCCUUGUUCUUCAACUACCUGCUUGGAGUGCCACCUCCUGAGGAGCUGUCAAAAGAUUCCUCUGAAGGGCAGUUUGAAGCCUUAUGUCUUUACCUGGCAUUGCCUACCAACCUUUUCAAACUUUUUCAGGAGCACAAGGACAUAGUAUCUCCUUUGUUACAAAGAUGGUGUUCUGAUUCUUCAGUGCAAAGCUUUCUCAAAGGAGAACGAACAACAGUCCAGUAUCCCAGGGAGAGAAACCAAUUAAUGGAACUUCCGGAAGACUACAGUUGUAUACUGAAUCAGGGUUCUCAGUACAAGUGCUCAAGAUCCUCUGACGAUGAGACGAAGAAUUUAGCGCUCUGCAUGUUCUGUGGGGCCAUGCUGUGUUCAGAAAGUCCAUGCUGUCGGGAGGAAGUGAAUGGGGAAGAGAUUGGCGCCUGUGUAGCUCACGCCAUCAACUGUGGAUCUGGUUUGGGCAUGUUCCUAAGGAUCCGGGAAUGUCAGGUGCUGCUGCUGGCAGGGAAGAAAAGAGGGUGUUUCAUACCUGCUCCAUACCUGGAUGAUUAUGGGGAGACCGAUCAGUUGCUUAGGAGAGGCAACCCCUUGCAUCUGUGCACUGAGCGAUACAAGAAACUUGAACGACUUUGGCAGCAGCAUCGCAUUCUGGAGGAGAUCACAAGGAGCCAGGACAUGAAUCAAGUAGUCAUCGGUCUUGACUGGCAGCAAUUCUGAUUAGUUGACCCACCCCGCUCGACAGCAGAAACACCACUAACUUGCUGUUAGAAUAACGUCAAAGGCUAGCCUCUGAGCUGAUUAAAUUGAUGUGGACUGCUUUUAAUCUGCUGUGUCUAUAAUCCAGUUUCAGCUUUCAGAUCUUAUCCACAGGGAAGCCAAUUUCUAUGGUAGCUUCUGGCCGUUUUGUACAGCUUGUUCCUUGGGACAAAAUCUACCAACAUACUGUGGACUUUUGUGGGGACAUUGGUGUGGAUCUGUCAGGGAGGGGGUCGUUGGUGUGGAUCUGUGGGGGAUAAGGAGAUCUGACUGUGCCCGGGGAAUGUUCGAAAUUUGAAAAUAUUGUCAUUCCCCCUCCCCUCUGUGCAAGUUACUUUGUGUUGCGUGCUCUACCACUGGGGAGACUGUUGUCAUGACUGCCAGUGUGAAGUAGUGAGAGACCAGAGCCACCAACUGUGAUCAGUACCUCUCUUCGAUCUAAUGCUCCAUCCUGUUUUAAGGAGUAAAAUAAACUUACAAUCCACAACAGUCUUCAGGGCACAUCUGGUACCUGGUAAACAUGUAGCUUGAUCACGCAAGGAAUUGAGAUUCAUAUUUAUAUCCUUAUAAAGUUCCGCUCUGACUGGAAGACUUUGAUCAAUUCGAUUAAUUUUGAGGAGUCAGCAACACUUUGCAUUUUGAACUGUAUCCAGUCCUGCUGAAGUUCUCGCUGCAAAUCAGUUUUGUUUUAUUAUACAGAUGAUUCUUUCACCCUCUCAGUGACUUCCAGCAGAGCAGUAUCCAGGUUACUUGAACUUCUAAGUUAGUGCUGACAAUGUUUGGAAGAAUUGAGGAGGGCCUGAUGAAACAGAGGAGCUUGUUAUCCUCUGUUAAAAUUCAGCAAGAUGAAACCAUUGUAACCUGGAAGAGGUUGGUAGUAUAUGCAUUUGAUGAGUGUUUAAUGUUCUGGCCAGUUUUGCAGAAAGGUUCAUAUUGGUGCCCAGGUGUGAUACACAUGCUUGUCCUAUUUCAUACAGCACUAUUAUGAAGUGAUGCCCAUUGCAUGGCGGAAGCGAUGUUGGAUUGAGCCACUCCCAUCAUCUUUUGAGGAAGCUGAGACUACAGAUUCUGCUUUUUUUUUCCCUUCUCUAUCUGAAGCAGACCGUGAUACCACUUCUGGCAAUAACUGAAGUUUCACCAGAUGUUUUAUAAAGAUUAUUACAAAGGGAAAUUAUACCAAAUGCUGUGUUUCCCUUUUAUUAGGGAGAGGGACUAUAUUAAAUAACAUUACUCAAUAAUAAUAUUUUUUUGUGUUUGUCUUUUUAAAUCACUUUAUUAUGUUGCUGGCAGUUCAUCGUUGACAUUAUUUGAUGCUUCACAAAAGUUAGCAUUCACAAGAGUUAGGUUUCUGGGCUACAUUUCAAAUUUUAAUGGAAGAAUAGUUGAAGCUGAACCAUUGUAGUGUUCUAAAAGAGCUGGCUGCAAGCAUAGUGGAUGCAUUAGUUAUGAUUUUCCAGAAUUUCCUAGAUUUCAGACUGUUUCUGCAGUUUGGAAGUUGGCAAACAUAAUACUGAUGAAACUCAAGAAAGGAGGAGAAGCAACAAACCAGGAACUUCAGGCAAGUCACUUGUCAGGGAAAUGGGCUGUUUGCACUAUUGCUGUUAUUAAAGAAGCCUUAGUAAUCACUUAGAAAAUCAAAGUAUGAUGAGAUAGCAUGGUUCUGUGGUCGGGAAAUCACGUCUGACCAAUUUAUUGGAGUUUCUAGCUAAGAAGGGUCAAUAAAGGGAGGCCAGUUGAUGUAGUCGUCUUGGAUUUACAAAAGUAAAUUUAAUGAAGUCCGAUGAUAAGGACUGAUGGAGUUGGGACAAAGUGUAGGGAUAAAAGAGGCAUUUUAAAAAUGGCAAAUUAUAAUUAGUAGCAUGCCACAAGGAUUAGUGCCUCAGCUAUUUAUAAUAUGUGUUGAUUGCUCUUGGUUUCUUUAUCUCAGCCAUGUAUCCAGGUUUGCUGCUGUGAGCUGGAAUAUAAGCUGAGGAGUACAGAAAGGUACCUGGAUUGGGCACCGAGAUGGUUGUUGGAUUAUCGUGUUGGGGCAUCUGAGGUAACAAGAAUAGCAAAGCAGACAUUUUAAAGCCAUCUGCACUCGGAGAGAUCUGGCUGCAUUUGAAUGAGGAUCACAAACUAGCAUGAAAGAAAAAUGCCGCAAGGAAUUAGGGAGGUAACUUGUAUUUACAUUGCAAAAGGAUUUGAGUGCACAAAUAAGGAGGUGCUCUCAGUGAAUUCUACAGGGCUUUGGUGAGACCAACCUGAAAUAUGUUUGCAAUUUUGCUUUCCUUAUCUAAGAAAGAAUGAACUUGCAUACAGCAAUAGUUUACUAGAUUGCUUCCUGAAUGAGCGGCUGCAUUAAUAGACUGGGUAAAUUGGGCCCAAAUUCUCAGGCAUUUAGAGGAAUGAGAAAUGAACUCAUUUAAACAUACAAGAUUCUGAAAGGCCUUAAUAGGAUUCCUGCAGGAUGUUUUUUUAAACCCCUGGGCUGGAAAAUAUGGGAAUGCAGUCUCUGAUGAAGGGGACAUGAAGGCAAUUUCUUUCAUUCUGAAUCCUCUACCCCAGAGCAGUUGUGGAUGCUACUUCAAUGGGUAUGUUCAAGGCUGAGAUACUCUUGAUUUCUCAGGGAAUUGAUGAAGAAAUGGAGCAGGCAAAAAAAAAUGGAGUGAAAGUGAUAGAUCAUCCACAAUCUUACUGGAUGGUGGGGCCAGUUCAAGGAGCCAAGUAGCUUCCAUUUCUUAUGUUGUUCUCCUACACACGUGUUUUGUAAAUGGUUUAGUGAAGUUGCACAGGAGUUACCUGGAUCAAGUCCUACAAGAGUUGAGCAUUUCUCUCCCCUUCCUGUUUGUUUGCUGCUGUCCAAUGUAAUGCAUGCAAACAUUUGGAGUUGUCUGAGGAGAAUAUUAUCAGGUGUGAAAAUAUAGUGAGCAGAUGUCAGUUUUCAGUUGCUGGUCAUUAUCCAGUGUAGCUGAUUGAAAAUCUUUUUAUUAAUCUGAUUGUUUCAGGAAUCCGGGAAGCAAUUAAAUAUUGUGUAAAGAAAUACGAAGAAAAUGUUUUUAAAAAAGCAAGGAAACUUGACAAAUUCAGAGGUGGUGGGAGUGUAUAUAUUCACACUGCUUUUGUUAACAGGUCAGGCCAGGUUGAUAUGGUGUUCAAGAAAGUAAUCUCUUCACCUCAAAGUGAAUGUGAAUCAGAGUGCAUACAGUAAUGGGUGUUCGAAAUUAAGGUAGCCUAAAUGACCUCCACAAAAGCCAGGACAUGAAAUUCUCUCUAUUUUCACCAUUAAUGAUCACAACUUUUGUUUGUGUCAAUUAAGUCUUUUCCCAUUUAGUAAUUCUCAACAAAAGCCACUCAGUGUGUUCCGUAAUAAUUACUCAACUGCUGGCCGAAUUUUUCCUUGAGGAUUAUUAUGAUAUUUCAAAAAUUAUGUUGUCAUCUGAGCAGACAUUGCUCAUCCUUAAUCGCCCUUAAACUGAGUGGCUUGCGAGAGCCAUUUCUGAGCAAGUUAAGAGUCUUCCAAAUUACUGUGGGGUUCAGAGUCACAAGUAGGCCAAAUCAGCUAAGGAUGGCAGAUUUCCUUUCCCGAAGGAUGUUUGUGAACGAAAUGAGGUUCUGUGACAGUGACUGCAUGUGUUUGUCUUAAGGCCAUCGUGGAGUGGCGGGGAUUUGAACGUGUUCCCCAGAGCAUUUAGCAUGUGUCUGAAUUACGAGACCGCUGAUUUUAUUAUUGCAUCAGCACCAACUCCCUGCUGGUCCACCAAGCAGUGCUCAUAUCCCAUGAACAAAUAAACAAGAAAAUGCCAAAGCAAUAAGUUGUCUAACCUGAAUUUUGUGAAUGAAUCCCUUUCCUGCCCCCCCCCCCCCCAUCAAAUUCAGCCAUUUGAUUAUUGUCUCAGUGCAGUAGAGAGUUGAGCGUCACGAGCCCCUAUUCCAUGUUGGUGAUAUGCUCCAAGGUUGUUACCUCGGUCGGCCUUGGUUCUGAUGCCCAGUUCAACUGAGGAAUAAUCUGAGCUCACCAAUGAAAAUAAGGGUGUGUCAGAAGGCACCAGUGUGACUAUCUCAGUAGGUAAGUCAAUGUCUUGGCAAGGCAAAGAAGGGGAAAGAGUGCAACUGAGGUGCCUUACGUUUCAGACAAGUGUGUUGUUUGCAGUGCUUGUCCAUUUCUUAGGAGUCGCUUAUCAAAUUAAACUCUUGCAAAGAAAAGAGUAAAGUCUAGACACUGCACCCUUCCCCUGUUACUGUUGAUGAUCCAUUUAGCCUGAUCGUUUUUGUGUGGGCAAAAACUCUUUGAUGAUUAACCCAGUUUUGAGUUUUUCUUGAGAGUCCCUGCGAAUAACCAUAAUAUAUAAAGGUGACGGGUUAGUGUUGACUUGAAUGAUAGGCUUCAAAGACUGGCAUGAUUCCAGCUUGUUUUGUGGUUAAUAUUUCUUGUCAUUAUCAGUUUUUCUACCUAUUUCGAGUAAUCCUCAGGAUAAUGUGAAUCUUAGGUAAAUAUAUUGCUUGUGUUUACUAACGCUAAUUCAAAAUAAUCAAAUCGCUUUUUGUUCCUGCUGUAAUUUGAGGAAAAGUCCAAGAAUUUUUCUGGAGUAGAAAAUCAAGAGUUGUGAUGUGACCACACGUUUGUGUUGUGUUCACAGGAUGCUGUUACAUAGGUACAGACAAAGCAGGAGAAGAAAUCAUUUUAUGUACCUCCUGUUCACUUGCUAUUUAUGAUCAAUGCCAUUUAUUUUCACUUAUUGAAAGGCUUUAUCAUUUAAGGGAAAGGGUUUCUGAGGGGAAAGGAAGCAUGUGUGUAAUGCUCCUGUCCCAGUGUCUGAUUCACUCAUUUAUACCAUCCAAGUCAUGUAUGGUCACUUAUUCAUGUAUAUGGUACCACUUUAGUUCAUAAUGGGAAUGUAUUUAUGGCAAUAAUUUAAAUAAUGUGCUGUUCAGAUUAAUAGCAAUAUCUGUUCUACGGAUUAAAAAAAU